AUGCCUCAGAUAUUCAAUUUGAGUGCCACUUUAAAUGCAUCAAGGAUAUUGUAUAAUCCAGCUAUAUGCCUUCCUCAUUUUACUGUAAAAUCCUUUGACCAAUUGACAAUACCAUUGCAGAUUCCUAAUUAUCCAAAUGUGAGGAUCAAAGGUAUUGUGUUGGACAAGGAUAAUUGUUUUGCAAAAGACCAUGAUGAUAAGGUUUGGCCCGAUAAUUCUGCUGGAACCGAUGACGAUAUAGACAGCAAACAGGCACAGAUUUUGGAGUGCAAAACUGGGGUAAAUGUGUUGAGACAUUCAGUGAAGAAACCGGGUUGUAUUGAUGAGAUUAAACUGUAUUUCGCUAAACUUGGUAUCAAGCCAAGCGAAAUUGUGGUAAUUGGGGAUAGAUUAUUUACAGAUAUGCUUAUGGCUAAUAUGAUGGGAAGCUGGGGAUGCUGGAUUAGUACUGGUGUUGAAUUGAGUAACAAAGUGUUUCCAACGUUAGAAAGAGGUUUGUAUAACAAAUUGGUUACUAAUAAACCAGGAAAUCCAUGGACCCCACCAACGCCGCCAUCUAGCUAG